AUGAGGGGCGUCAAAGUCUUCUCCGGCCGGUCUCAUCCGAGCCUCGUCGAAUCCAUCUGUCAACGGCUGGGCUCCUCGCCGGCCAAAUGCGAUUUGGGCAAUUUUGCCAACGGCGAGAUCAGUGUUCAGAUCGGGACGUCGGUCAGGAAUGAAGAUGUCUUCAUCGUGCAGAGUGGUAGCCCCCACAUCAACGACAGUGUUAUGGAAAUGCUCAUCAUGAUUGCGGCAUGCAAGGGCGGUUCAGCAAAGUCUAUCACCGCGGUCAUGCCUUACUUCCCCUAUUCACGCCAGUCUAAGAAGAAGAGCCAUCGAGGCGCAAUCACCGCCAAAAUGCUCGCCAACCUCAUGCUGGUUGCGGGCGUAGACCAUGUCAUCACCGUCGAUCUUCACGCCUCACAGAUGCAAGGGUUUUUUGGCAAGCCGGUGGACAACCUGUUCGCCGAGCCGAUAAUUGCCCGUUGGAUCAAAAACAAUGUCCCCAACUGGAAAGAGGCAGUCGUGGUGAGCAAGAAUGUUGGCGGCACUAAACGAGUCACCUCACUUGCCGAUUCUCUCAAGUUGAGCUUUGCCCUCGUAUCCACCGACAAGGAUCGUUCCCGAACAUCCCACCCUGCGAACAACAUGAUGGACAGCGUCAUCUUCUUUGACGCCAUUGAGCCACAGUCGCUGCGCAUCCGGGAGCGCCUCAGUGAUGGCGACGACGGUCAUGAGGCCGAUACUGAGUCUGAGAGACCGCAGGAUUCGGAGCGCCGAAGUGAUCUCCCUCACCGCGGCCGAGGUCCGGCAGCGAACAAUCUCACCCGCCCUGGCAGGCCCAAGGCAGUGACCAUUGUAUCAAGCCCCCUUAUUCAAACCACCAGAGUCGAGUCAUCCUCUCCUCCUGCGUCCCCAACGCGACUCAGUCGCGUUGAGACUGCUCCAAGCGCACGUCGUCUCUCCGAAUACGAAGCCAACGAAGCUCAUAAUGACGAGCGGGCUCGUGAAGUCAUUGUAGGUCGACUGGUUCAAGGCCACCUGGUGAACGACGAUCAUCCAUCCCCGAUAUUAUCCAGUACAUCGGCGUCCAACUUGGGUCCUCCGAACGAUCGAAUUGCACCAGAUGACAACCAUUCCUACGAUCCAAUGACAUCUUCCUUCGUCUCCAAUGCAUCAUCAUUCCAGCCCGAGCAUGCUCUUGGCGGAACUUUCGAUGCCGUCGCAACUUCCGAUGAGGAAGAGGAGGGAAUUAGAAACCCCGACCUCGAACACACUAUCACCCUAGUCGGCAACGUGCGGGGACGGACCGUUCUUUUGAUGGAUGACAUCUUAGAUAGAGCUGGCUCCUGGAUUGCAGCUGCGGAAACCUGCGUCAAGAUCGGAAGGGCCAAAAAGGUGUAUUGCAUUGCCAUCCAUGCAUUGUUCGGCGAUGAUUCUCUCGAAGAGCUGGAAGCAUGUGAUUGCAUCGAUCACAUUGUCGUGACGAAUACUUUUCCUAUAGCCCCUGAGCGACUAAGGGUGUCCAGGAAGCUGAUUGUCAUCGACCUCUCGAACCUGCUAGCCGAGGCUAUCCGCCGCAAUCAUCACGGAGAGGAUAUGUCGCCCUUAUUCCAUCUGAACGAUUAG